AGGAGUGGGGGUGUAAACCAUAAACCGGUCCCUCCAUCAGGAAGCCCGGACAACUGUAAUAGACUAACGUUGACGCGCAGCAAGCUGCCAACUCUGACUCCAUCACGUUUCAUCAUGUUCUCCACGUCCGAGCGUUUGUCCGGUGACAGCUACGAGCAGUGCCGGGCCACGGCUGACUGGCUGCUGUCCAGCACGCAGGUGCGGCCGACUGUGGGAAUCGUGUGCGGUUCAGGUCUGGGGGGGCUGGCUGAGAUGAUCAAGGACCCUCAAGUCUUCAAGUACAGUGACAUCCCCAACUUCCCCCGGAGCACAGUGCAUGGUCACGCUGGCCGGCUGGUGUUUGGAACACUAAAAGGGAAGCCAUGUGUUUGCAUGCAGGGGAGGUUCCACCUGUACGAGGGCUACCCCAUCCAGAAGAUCACGCUGCCCAUGCGCGUCUUCAAGCUGAUGGGCGUGGAGACGAUGAUCCUGACCAACGCAGCCGGAGGCCUGAACCAGGACUACAAAGUGGGAGACGUCAUGGUCAUCAAGGACCACAUCAACAUGCCGGGGUUUGCUGGAAACAACCCGCUGGCUGGACCAAACGAUGACAGGUUUGGCGUCCGCUUCCCCUGCAUGUCUGACGCCUACGACCGGGAGCUGCGGCAGCUGGCCAUUGACGUGGCGUCAGAGCUGGGCUACAGCGACUUCCUGCGGGAGGGAGUGUACUGCGUCCUGGGAGGUCCCUCCUUCGAAACCAUCGCCGAGUGUCGCAUGCUGCACAGGCUAGGCGCCGACGCCGUCGGGAUGAGCACCGCCCACGAGGUCAUCGUCGCCCGUCACGCCGGGAUGCGCUGCUUCGCCCUGUCGCUGAUCAGCAACCGGGCGGUGAUGGACUACGACAGCCAGGAGAAGGCCAACCACGAGGAAGUCCUGGAGACGGGCAGGGUGAGGGCCGAGCAGCUGGAGAGGCUGGUGUCCACCAUGGUGGCUCGGCUGGAGCACAACAGCAACGCCUACUGAUCACGAGACUGACGCCGCCCUCACCUGGCCCCAGGUCAGCUGUUGUCAUGCUUCAGUUACAGCGAGAAUUUUUUUAAAAUGCUUGUUAGAACGCUAAAAGAGCUGCUGCAUAUAUGCGAUAAAUUAGUUGUUUUUUUUUACUUUCUCCUGACUGUUACUCUAAGUUACGUCUUAAAUCCUGGAAACUGGUCCACUUUUUUCUACUCCUCCAUCAGCAGCGUUUACAUUUUUGAGGUGUACAGAUAAACGAUGCUACUGUACUUCAGGGCAGUAGCUCAAAGCCCCGCUGCGAUAUGAUGUACCGUAUCCAGCCAACGAGUGUUUCAGUGAAACAUAUUUUCUAACUUAAUAACAUUUAACUUAAUAAAAUAUAAAUAUUUAUUGUUUCAGGUCUUUUACAUUCCCUGAUUAGUUAACAACCAGUAUGAAUACAGUGACAUUCACAUUUUUUUUAAUGUGGGGGACCAACUCAUCACGCAUGUCUUCAUGAGAUCAUGGCUAAAAGGUGGAAAUAAUACAUUCAUGUUGUGUAAAAGAUAACAAUGGUGUAAAAUGUUCGAAAAUAUUUAUACUGAAAGUAUUUAAGUAGUGUUUUGCUUUGAUAAUAUAUCAGGUGUUUGCUGAAGAAAGGGAUUCUACCCUGCAGGGGACAGUAACCAAAGCUUUGUAGCUUAGAUUUGAUCUCCUUCCACGUCUUAUCACUGUGUUAACAGAGUGGGUUUCUGGCUGUCUCUGCUUUUAGAGGUACUUUAUUAAAAACUGUACAAACUGUGGAUCUACUUUUACAAUAAAAUGAGUCAACU